GGUGUCUUCCCAGAAUGUAUUUAAAGCUUGCCCUUUCGUCCUUGCAAGACGCUAAAAAAAAUUGUCUUUCUUACAAUUUAUUCUUUACAAUUAUCAAACUGCGUCGCGAGAAUUCCACCAUGUCAUCCACGAAAUCCGACCCAAUGAAAACGGUGCCCUCAAGCAAGGACUACCCUCGGUACCUUCCUAAUAUUGACAAUCAAAUCAUCCCUGAGAGCCGUCGCUUGCUUGAAGAAUACAGUGGGUAUACCAUCAGAUAAAGUCAGAGAACAUGUAUACGAUAUCCGUGAUAAAGCGUGGAAUAUCCGUCAAUAUCCAUGCACUGACAUGGCCAAAUUCCUCGAUCCUAUGAUCGUUCGAUCACCGGCAUAUCCUGAAGUGUUGUCGCGUCUCAAAGAAGGCCAAUCAUUCCUUGAUGUUGGAUGUUUCAUGGGAUAUGACCUGCGUCAACUUAUUUUUGAUGGGGCGCCGAGCAAGAAUUUGCAUGCUGCUGAUAUCGUCAAUCACUGGGAACUUGGCUACCAAUUGUUCAACGAUAGAGAAAAGUUCCAUAUCGACUAUGUUGAGAGUGAUAUCUUGAGUCCCGGGGAUGGGUUAUUGCAGUUAAGAGGAAAGAUUGAUAUAAUCUCCGUGACGCAUGUCCUACAUCAAUGGAAUCUGGAGACUCAACUUGCAGCUGCGAUUCACCUCAGUCUGCUGACGAAAGGGUCCGGAAGUCUUAUCAUUGGAUUUCAGGCUGGAGGUUUAACCACGAAGGUAGGCGAAGUGACUGGGACCAAGUAUCGAGCCGAGUUACAGACGCCGGAAUCUUGGAAGAGGAUGUGAGAAUCGGUUGGGGAGCAGACGGGAACUUUGUGGGAAACUCAAGUCAGAGUUAGAACAUGGGAAGAUGUUGGCUAUGAUCCCAAGGAUACUGUUUACAUGGGAAAGGAACUCCAAAUGCUUGAGUUUGUGGUUACUAGGAAGAAGUGAUAUCUGUUCAAAGAUACUUAAUUAUCCAUAGGAUAAUCAAUCGACGGCGUGCGGCGUGCGUUCUCGUCA